AUGGCCGAAGGAGCAGCAAGCGUCGUAGCCGCCGUCUUUAACGGGCCUUCAUUCCUUCCAUCCUCUUCAAUCUGUUUUCCCGAUUUUCGAUUACUUGGAGAUGGCGAUCUUGAGGAUGAUGAGAUCCAAGACUUGCGUGCAAACGUAGCAAAAGUUUCCGAUACAGACUUCGUCUUUUCGCGGGAAGCUUUAGAAGUCUGUGACACUGGAAUUGCUUCAUCUGACGUUGAGUUGGCAUAUUCAGGAGCUGAGCUUCCCUCAGGAGAUCCCUUCACUUUUUGA